CACAUAAUGCUUACUGUCACACUCUUUCCUAUUCAUCUGUCUGACAGCUGUCUAAUCAGUCAGUGCAUCUUGUAUUCAAGGAGAAGAUUUUCUUAAGGAUUGGUCCUGGGUUUUUUUUUUAACCAAAAGUUCAAAAAGUAGCGAUCACACUGCCUGCUGACAUCAUGGAAGGCUAUAUCUUUCCAUCUGCAUCAGAGAACAUAACUCCGUAUGAAACCGAAAACUAUCGACCUCCUUUGGAGUUGAACUCAUACCUCACUGCUGUUGGAGAACCCCAUGAAGAAAAUGUAUGGGAGUACCACCAGCGUGUCCAGCAGGCAGAAUUUGAACAACCUCCAGAAAAUCAUUUAACAGAAUUACGGAGUGUUCGGUCCCAACAUUUUGAUCAAUAUCAAUAUGUGGACACACUGCCUCAACACCUUCCCCUAGACCCAGCGCUUGGAGUCCUUUCAAUAUCACCUCAGAUACCAUAUUACAGCCAUGCCUUGUGUUACCAGUAUCUGCCCACUGUGUCGCCUGCCCAUUAUUAUUCAGAGGAGGAGGACCAACCGGCUCGCAGUCCUCCUCUUGAGGUGUCAGAAGGAGAGUACGACCAAGAAGACCACUUGCCUCUACUCUCAUUGAGAGACUCCAGCAACAAAAGGAAGAUCCGUUUGUACCAGUUCCUACUAGAUCUGCUAAAGAAUGGAGACAUGAGGGACAGCAUCUGGUGGGUGGACCAAGACAAAGGCAUCUUCCAGUUCUCCUCUAAACACAAGGAAGCACUGGCCAGCCGCUGGGGCACCCAGAAAGGAAAUCGCAAACGAAUGACCUAUCAAAAAAUGGCUAGGGCCCUUCGGAACUACGGCAAGACUGGAGAGAUCAAAAAAGUUAAAAAGAAACUGACUUAUCAAUUCAGUGGGGAAAUACUGAGGAAAUUGUACAGAGGGGAGACGUUUCCCUCACUUACACAAUGAUAUUCAUCCAAUACUUGUCAAUAACAAGAAUCUAUGUCCAUGCCAUUUUCUAUGUGUGUGCGUGUGUGUGCGUGCUUUGUAACUGUGGCCCGAUUAUCUUGCGAACGUGGCACUGUAGGAAGUUGAAAUACGCAGGUGUAUUCCAAAGGACCCAAUUCCGUGCAGUGUCGCAUGUGACCUUGUUUGGAUCAGAUGUUUGCAAUAACUACAAACAGGCUAUAGGCCUAUAAACCCGGACGUCGCACUUGCUGCCAUGUCGAGCUGCAACAGAAGCGAUGGAUCUCACGUGCCGCCACUAGUGUCCUAUUCCUAAUUAUUUAUUUUACUUAAUUGUUAAUUUACCUUUAAUGUGUAGCAGCAACAACUCACUUGGCUACACAUUAGCUUUCUAAAUGAAUGGGAUGGGACACAAGUAUAUCAACCAAAAUGAAUGUGUUCUUCUGUUGUGUUCUUGUAUCUAAUUAGGGCUCGUCUUAAUCGACAAUAAAACAAACCGUCAUGUGUUAAUGUUCCAUUUUCUAGCACCAGGACUCUCAAUUCCCAGUUUGUUACUUUGAUUUAGGCCUUUAUCUUAUUCGCCAACACUUUCUUAACCCUUGUGCUG